AUGAGCACGGCAAAGCUCAAACGGAAACUUGGAGACCUCGGGGUUGACAUUUCUAGCAGGAGAGCCAAUGAAAACUUCUGCCUAAUCGGGACUCCGUUGCCGCCGCUCGAGAAGUCCAAGGACACGGGCGAGUUUGUACCGGUGUGGAAGCAAGAGGUCAGAGAUGAAAAGGGACGAAAAAGGUUGCAUGGUGCUUUCAGCGGUGGAUUCUCAGCCGGGUUUUUCAACACUGUCGGUUCCAAGGAAGGAUGGACACCUUCUACAUUCAUAUCCUCACGUACCGACCGUGCCAAAGGCCGAGUCGCUCGGCCGGAGGACUUUAUGGACGAAGAAGACCUUGCAGAACUGCGCGCAGGACCAGAAGCUAGGACUAUGGCAGAAAGAGGGCGAAAGGAUGGCCCUAUUACACUUGCCCUGGAAGAGGCGACCGUUCCUCCACCGAAAGAUUCGGUUGGUGCGCGUAUCCUCAAGAAGAUGGGCUGGAGGUUAGGUUGGGGGAUAGGACCUAGAGUGUCAUGGCGACAACAUGAAAUUCAGUAUGGCCGGGAUCCCAGCGCAACGGAGGUCGACGAGGAGGCUAAGAAGCAUACUUAUCCGCCGCGAGACACGCCGCUUGUUGUUGUGGGGCGUAAAGAUGAUUUUCAUGGGAUUGGAUACAACAAGGGACUCGGCUUACAUGCAAGUUCAGGUGCUGUUCAAGGGAGUUCGAGUGCAAAACAAGGGCCUAGAUUGGCAGGCGGUUUUGGACUUGGCGUGAUGAACGAUGCGGAUGAAGAUGACCUGGACGUAUAUGACCAUGCUGCAAGUCUCGGCAAGAAUAGGACUGCUUUCGAUGUUACCGACGUUCAGGAUGACGAGCGCAUUAGACGAGGAAUUGUCCAUGCUGCCUUCCGGGACGGUACCCCCGUGUUGUCCGGCUUCGUUUUAUCUGAUAAACCAGUGGCGGAAGAUAUGUGGUUUCCCAUACCGGACGUGCCACAAGGAUGGACUCCCAAUCCAAAGCAAGUCUGGGAGAAAGCAAAAGCACAAAUCGAGGACAAGGAGAAUGUUACAUCGAUUGCUGUCCCGUCACAACCCCAAACUCAUGCUCAGUGGAAGUCAGGCAUCACCCCUGAUCAGCGAGGUGCUGCUCUUGGAGAAACGUCUCUCCCUGCUGCGCCGCGGUCUGUUUUCGAUUACAUGUCCAAGAAAGAUCAAGAAAAAAUCAAGAAUAUCGCGGCAGGCCGUUCGAUGCCCUCUCUAUCCCCUGGUGAGGCUGCUGUUCCUACAACAUCUGAGACUCCCCCUGGUCCACGUGGGGUUUCAAUACCUCAUGUUGAAGCCCAUAUCGCCGAGGCAGCUCUACGUGGGUUCCAGCCAUUUGCUUCCAAUCCGAAAAAGCAGGCUCGAUAUACCGCUUUCCUUCGUACAUAUGCUGAACCAGGAUCGGAUGCAUCCAUACCUCCACGGCCUGCACGACCAGAAGCCGGAGUCUACGCAAAGGCUGCGGCUUUGUUCCGUCCUGUAACUGGUGCGAUGGCAGGACGGUUUACGAGCGCUGCUGUGCUAGAAUCAGGGCCCAAGAUUGUCGAGGGGUUGCAUAAGCCAAUGGAAGAGCCAACAUUGCCAGAGGACCUUCCUGAAGAGCCUCCUAAGGAGGAUCCAAAGGAAGAGGAUCAAAAGGCGCACGCGGCACGACUGGGAAUGUAUGGUCCAAUGACGAGGGAAGUUAAGCCCUGGCAACCGGCACGCUUGCUUUGUAAACGUUUCGGCGUCAAGGAUCCCAACCCUGAUAUGCAAUACGAUUCAGGAGCCCCUGCAUCAUCUUUCAAUCCCCCUUCUGCAGAUGACACUUCGUCGGGCGCUGCCCCCCUAGGCUUCACUCCAGUAGAGAGUGACGGCGGCAUCGCUUACAAACGCGAUCUGGCUAACAUUGGCCUUGGAGAGGAUGACAGUCAAGGGGACGAUAUUCUCACCUAUGAGAGGCCAGCGAUGGACAUAUUCAAAGCUAUUUUCGCUAGCGAUGCGGAAAAUAGUGACGAGGAAGAUACCAAGGCGCACGAGACGGCAGACAGUUCGAUAGUGCCAGAACCGUCAUCGUCAACUCAGGCUGCUACUCCUGCGGAGUUGCCGAGUGAAACCUUGGCCGCUGACAUUGACAUGUCUAACUUUAAACCGACAUUCAUACCCCGCGACCCGCAAGCCAAAACUAAGGCGAAAGAGAAGGAGCACUCUGGGACGGACAAAAAGAGCAAGAAAUCGAAAGGUGCUAAGGGUGGCGUGCUUGUCUCCUUCGAUCUCGAUGAAGAGGGUGGAGAAGCGCUCUCGCUGUCUGGUCUACGACAUAAAAGAGACCGUGAUCGUGACAGGCCGAAGAAGAGAAAGAAAAGGGAGGGAGGGAGAGGAGAGGAGACGUGGGUGGAGAAACCCCCACCUGACAUCGUGAAAGACUUGCCCCCUGAUUCCUCUCUUGAUCCAGACGUCAUGAAUAGUCCAUACGACAUAGGUCCUCCCCGAGGUCGCAAACGUGCCAUAGACUUCAUGUAA